GGUCAUCAGAUCAGAGUAGGUUGCCUGCCAAUGCCAAUGCCAUUGCUAAUUUGCCACCCAAACCAACGACUAAUUUAAGUGGAUCAGACCAAAUCGCAUGCCACUGCAUACCCCUUCGAUCUCCUUGAUCUCCUUCUCCAAUAAAUCGAUCUCUUCGGUGCUAGCUGCCCCGCCAUGCAGGGAAGCUACAACGAAAAGCAUUUAGUCAGCAUACCACCAUAUAUAUAACAGGGCGCGCAAGCAACAAUUCUCCACGCAGGUAAAUGAUGGAGGAGAAGAGCAAGCUGCUGGUGGUAGAUGGUGAUCAGGCGGCGGCUGCCAUGGAUCUGCAGGAGGCCUCGUCGUCGCCGGCGCCGGCGUCCUCCUUGCUGCGGUACGUUGCACAGGCCUGCGCCGGCUGCUUGCUGCGCAUGUGCGGUGGUCGUGAUGCUGAUGCUGCUGACGGAACCGCCGACGAUCCUACGCCGGCUGGUGCAGACGGAGGCGGCAAGACUUCCGAGGAUUUGCGGAUCAACAGUGAGUUGUUGCAGACUAGGAGAAGCAAGGCUCGACCAAAGCCUCCCGGUAACCCCAGAGAAGGCAGAGGUGGUGGCGGCGGAUCACACAACUAGCCAAGUUUAUUACUAGAGACCAAGGGUUUAAAACUUUAAAUUAAGCCAACUCGUUUUAGGCUUCUCAUAAAGCAUCCUCUUUGAUGCACACUGAUAUUAGCCGGAAUAUGAUAUUUGUACAUGUAUACACAUGUUUUAGUUUAUAGAGUAUAAAUUGAGUCCCUCCGCUCAAAACUAGCUCUUUUUUUUCCAUGCAUGGCGGAAGACAUUGUCGAGGGGAAAUACCUCAAAACAGUACGGUAUUUUGUACGUGAUUUUUUUAUAUGUGUGGCACACUCCAGGCA